UGUCAGCCGAGGGGACGGGCGAUUGCUGGUGCUCAGGGACGGGACAGUGAUUGUUGACACCUCACACCUGUCAAGACUGUAACAGGUACACCGGCCACUGUGACCCGCAAAAUACAGGUAGCACAGAUAUCAUCAUGAGUCAGUCUGAAGUGUUUCGUCCGUCUAACGGUCCGUUGGUUGUCAGAAGCACGAUGGCGGAUGGUAACCAGGGAGUGAGUGAGAUGUCCCGCCCCGCCACACAGAGCGGCUACAGGUUCGGUCAGCUCAGCAGAAACUCAUUCUUCACCCGUCACAAUCCCCACCCCAACAGAGUCAGGCACAUUAAAGGUUUGCUCGAUAUCCCAAUAUGCUCUGUCAAUGACCAAGGUUUCUUCGCCAACCCGCGCUAUUCCCUGCAGUUUCCACCAGAUAGCUACAACCAAAAGAAACUGAGCAAAUCCUGGGAUCACCGACUCCCCGUCAAUGCCAUCAACGUGAAUUCUCAGCUUCAUCCCAUCAACACGAUCACCGGGUUGGCUUACUUCACAGGCUUAAGGAAUUACCCCUGGAGAGAGAAGGCAAUUCCCAAAGUUGGGCUGGUUCCUGUGACCGAGGCAUGGCGGGACGAGCUAAGGAGUCUGGCCCAAGCUGCAGGGUUCUUGCAAGAGAAACAAGAAGCUCCUAACCCUGAUAUAGAGAGGAGACCACAGACGAUGUAUUCCUCUGAGACCGGCAGGCUUAUCCCGCCCCCCUCACGGGCCAUGACCCGAGGGGGGUCUAGGUGGGGAAACAGGUUCCCGGCGGCUCUUCAACACAUAGCCGCCGAGCCCGAUCCUGAAAACAUGGUGCUGACGAUGUUGUGUCAGAUUCUACAAACAGACGACAUCAACGCUGUCCAGGCUUGGCUCUGCUCGGCGGGCGAUCGAGAGAAGGGAGUUGUUUUGGACUUGAUCCGGUCGGCAACCAUGGGCAGAGAAGAGUACUACAAACAAUACCCUGCACAGUUUGUCCAACCACCCUUGGAGCUCGGUGAGAAACAUGCCACCCUGCCUCCUAUUGGGGAGAAAAACCGUACCGCAGACGCUGGUAUGACCCAAGACAGUAGCAACUACAAAUUCGACAGACUGUCCUUGGAUGACAUGCCUAUGAAGGACACACAGCCCACAUUACAACAGAGACCAGUCGUCGGCAAUGAUCAAGAUAUAAGCACGCUGAGACCACCCUCUGCAGACAUGUUUCAAAAACGGGAGCCAUCCAAAGUUCAGAUGAAAACUCCACCAAAAUCCCCGCUCAAACAGCGGCCUGAGAGGUCAGAAGUGUGCCUGCGCUACACCAAGUCUCCCUCUCGUCUUGACAGUGUUGAAAACCAAGACCACAGUGACUUGAAGCUUGAUGCAACGUCCCCGAGUGUGAAUACAUUCUAAAUAAGGUGGAAAAUCAGCCGGACACAGAAAUUUGAUUAUAUAACCGAAAGUUCCAACUUUAUUUCAGGUAUAGCCGAAUCAACCUGAAUACGCUGACCUUAUCAGAGUAACUUAUGCUCUAACUUACUUAUUGUCAUCUAUGAAGUUCUUAAGCAAAAUUAUUGGCGACAAUGAUAGGAAUCCGAAGCAUUUCAACGCUCCAGUGUAGCAACACAAGUAACAAGCAUGUAUUUUGUAUCCAAAAUUAACCAUACUAAACCUUCACACAAAUAACAAAAAAGCAAGUGUGAGGAAUGAUAAUUACAUGUCGACAAUGGUGGUCAUUUUAUUAAAAAUUACACCCAAAAGAACAGUGUCAGGGGAACACAGAUUUAACCGGCCAGUAACUAGGCUGUUUUUUUAUUUCUUGUUUCUACUCAGAAAGUGGAAAUUGUAUGGGGGGUGUGUAUAUACAUUUAUAUCUAUAUCACUUUGUCAGUAAUCAAUAAGCUUUUCUUCACCUCUUUUCAGAGCAUUCUUGGAAAUGCACGUUCUACUGAAGAAUCAUUAUUAAAGUAAAUGUAUAUAAAUUGAAAUGCUUUUAAUGGUCUAUUUAAUUAUAGGAUAAAAUAAAGUUAGUAAUGUGAGGUAUUUUUGUGUUUUAUUGUGACCCCAAGAAAAAUACCAAGGGGAAUACAUCCAUUAAGUCUUGAUCACUAUUCAUUGUUUGUUAAGCUUACUUUUUGUCAUAUAUUAUGUUCUGAAAUCACCCAGUGUGAAAAUCUACCAUUUGUAUAUAACAUGAUACAUUUGUACAUAUCACAAAUUAUAAUGUUCAUUACAUAGGCACAAAUCCCUCUGAUGAGCACUUGCUUGAAAUCCUGUGUACUUAUAUACUUGCUCAGUAUUACUUUGUUUUAAUUUGUAUUUUUUAUAACAAAUCAAACAGCUCUAAAAGCAUUCUGUGAUGAAAUGACAUUAUGUAAAUUAGAAUAUUGUUUAAGUUAAUUGCAUAUUUUAAAUGUUUUAUCAUCUGUGAUAUAAAUAACAUGUUCUCGGUGUGUUGAUGGGAAUAAAUGAACUUGAUUAUUUAAAGAAUAAUGUUUCUGGUUUUACUAGAUAUGAAAGGACAUGCCAAGAAUCACCAGCCCUAUGAUAUUUUUCGGGGGUUU